AUGCCAAAGAGAUCGUUGCCACAGUCCUCCGCCGUCACGGCCAAUCAGUGGACGGUGGCGGCGAUCCAUCCCGCCAGUGACGCCGUCUGGCACGAAGAGCAAGCAUCCACCCUCACGCGCUACUUCUCCGCCGUGGACGUGCUCUGGCAACAACCGUCACUACCACACUCACAGUCACACUCACCAAUGUUGUGGUUGCAACAAAAGGUACACGUGGGGGACGUCUGUGCCUUUGUCGUCCCCACGGGUUUGCGGCAAGAUCCCUUCCUCGACCAAUCCUGGAUGGUGGGACAAGUCCUAGUCUUGGCCUCCCGGGCCUCCUUGACGCAUUCCGCUCGCCUCCACGCCCUCGUGCGUUGGCUCCCGCACGCCAAACAGGUCGAAACCUGGAUGCCACUGCCCGUUUACAAACGAUGGACCACCACGUACCGCCCCGCACAACUACUCCUCGAAACCCUGCAGUGCCAGACGAUCGCUCUCGCACACUUACUCCCCGCUACCGUGCGCAUACGACCCACCCAACACUUUACCACGCAAACGGCCUUGCCACCCGAACCCUUCCCCGAUAUGCCCUUUUGGCGACUCUACUUUCACGUACCCAAACGCUGGUACCGACCCGACGAACCGCACCGGAACCACCAUGAACUACCCUCGGAACGGGUCGGUCCACAAUGGUCACACCCGCACACGGAACUCACCUUGGCUAGAGCCUGGACGGCCGCGGUGGCCGAAGGAAUACUCCCACCGGAACUACACCGCCGACUAACCAACGUUCGUUGUCCCAACCAACACCCCACCCCCGCCUGGCUAGCCACCGUUCACGACCACCAACCACCGACCAACCGUAAAUCGGAUGCCCCUUCGACGGACACGGUCGAGACGACUACCGAGACGACGAGCCGUAAAAAGGCUCGUCCAUCGCCAUCCCCCACCGUAUCCACCACCGACCCUGCCCUCGCCGUCCAACCCGCCUCCAAAAUCGUACACCGCGCGACCCGGGACGGCGUCACCCGAGCCUUUGGUACGGCACUCCGGAUUCCUUUGCAACCGUCCGAUACACACCGAUCCGUACUCGCCAACGCACAAACCUGCAUUGUCCGGGUCGGGGACGCCGUCGUUAUGGCCUGUGACGAUGCCCGCACACCCCUCCGUGACGCCGGACCACGUCCGUGGUAUCCAUGGACGCGGCCGUGGAGCGUCGCGAUAGUUCUAGCCGCCGUGGACACGCACGAUGAGUACCAAUUUCAAGUCCGCUGGCUCGCCAACGCCCAGGAACUACCAUCCGGCGUACUCACCAAGGCAUCCCACAGCAUCCGCGCCGAUUGGAAACGUCCGGAACACGUUCCUUACCUUUUGGCCGUGACGGACGCCGUCGAUACCGUUCCCGCCGAAGCCGUGCUGGGACGCGUCGCCUGGGUCCCGUGUCCCCCGCCCCGGCCGCGUUACGUCCUACGUGGCGUCCCCCAAAUCCAACGCGUCGCCAAGUACCGACUCGACCGACACCGAUUGCGAUACAUCGAGGUGGGCACGGCCCAGAGUCUCCGGCAAACCCUAGUCACCCGUGCCUGGCAACUACCCGAAUCCUUCAUCCACCAGGAUGCGCAAUUGCGCCAGAUCUACCGUACGCAGCUCGGGUUGUCGGAGGACGCCGACGAGGAUCUUUCCGAUCCCCAAGACACCGUACAAGCCGAGACAGACGCAGCGCUGGCGGACCCGGCCACUAAGGGGCCUCUGGCGUGGCUUAAUCCCGUGACGAACGUGCGCUCCGUGCCCAACCGGCCCCUUCUAGCCCGUACGAACAAUUUCGAAUUUUUCGAAGUCGUCUCCGUCGCGGUAGUCCCGCGAUUUUGUGAUCGCAAGGUGACCGCCAAGAAAACAACCGAGACGCGCUGGAAUGUGAGAAUUGGGGACGUUGUCUGUUUGGCCGAUAGCGAUUCCACUCCGCCUCCUCCUCCUUCCCCCCAAGCGAACAAAGCGCGGUGGUAUCCCUUCGUGGGUCCGUGGCGGUACGCUCAAGUGCUGAGCAUCUAUCGCGUUCCCGGAGCCGACGAUUCCAAAAUUCGACUGGAAAUCCGAUGGCUGUUCCGAACAACAGAACUACCGCUGCAUGUGAGAGCGCGGAUUCCGGUGGUGACGGAUUCCGCACGGGAAGUAGUCUGGGAGACUGAUUCGGUACAGAGCGACGUGCCCGCUGCCCGGGUCUUGGGACGAGCCAAGGUCUUUUUGGGCCAUCACGUAGAUGCUUGGAUGGGCACCGGAACGGAAAUCGACUCGGUUCCACACGUGGCAGCCCGGUGCUCUUACCUGUACUUUUCGACGUCGGAACGCUUCCAACCACUCUUUUGUUCCGGGACGACGACCAUCCAAUGGUUUCAGCGACUCAUGGAGCGUGGCUUUUAUUUCUCCGAUAUGGUUCGCAAGAACCAACCGCUCGGAUCCGCCAUUGAGUUCUGUCUCAAUAUUUCCGUCUGCGGCGGCGAAAAUGGUUGUGGUACGCACGAUCUGUUUGAGGAUCUCGUUGCGAGAAAGGAGGACUCCAUCGACAAAGCGGACCACGAAGCGCUUUUGCAAAGCAGCGAACCAAAAGGAGGUCUUCGCCAUUUUGUUUCUGUAAGUAUUGUUCCACCGUGGACGUCAUUUUUGCAUUCGGACGUCGUCUGUCGAGAGCGAGAUCGAAGGGGACUCGAAUGGACCCUCCGAGUGGGCGAUGUGGUAGCGGUUGCUUCUGAGAAGUGCGAAUCACGCUGUCUCGGCUCGUUUGCUGUUUCGGAUCCAUUUACUUCACCAUGGAGAAUAUGUCAGAUUCUGUCCUUGUUUCAAGAUGCAAACAGCCGCGACCUCUCCUAUUUCGCUCAAGUCCGUUGGUUUUAUCGCGACGAUGAGAUUUCCAAGGAAUCGUCAGGUAUUUGUACACCUCAAUGCCUGGACGUUGUGUAUGAAAGCCGAGACGUGCACGACGAGCCGAUAGGUCUUUCAAAUUGUUUGGGGCCAGUUUCUCUGCUUUCAUCGUGGAGUGCAACGAUUACAAGUCCACCUUAUCUACCACUAGUCCGCGCAGUCUAUGGUGGAGAAUACUGUAGCAAAAUGGGAAAGCUGAUGGGGCGCUCGACGGGCUCUAUACUGAAGUUUGCUUCCGUCGUGGAGCGGGGGCUAUCUCUCUCAACCUACUAUUCACAAACGCAAAAAGCGGAAAUAAUGCAGGCAAUUAAAUCUCACGUCCGAAGCAGAACUGGAAGAGCAAGCGACUCUCUUGUGCCUCGCCAAACGGUUGAGGAAGGCAACUUGAACGACUAUCCGGGUUUACCGUCAGCAAUAGUGUCACCACCUGCUCAACCAAGUAGAAACGAAUCAUUCGCUUUCACCUCGCAACCGCCGUUUUUUGUCGACUCCAAGGAGGGAGUUGAAUUCUUUACAAGUAUGGAUAUUAAACCUUGCUUCUCCAACUUUGCCGUUAGCUCGGAGAAAGGUGUCGCCGCCCAGGAUAAGACUUGGUCUGUCAAUAUUGGGGAUCCGGUUUUACUGAGCUACGAUGCUCGAAUGUGUGCGGGUAAAACCACGUUUGGGGUGGAAUCAGGCUCACUAAGUACCCAGCCUUUUUUCCCAAUGAACGUACCAUGGUCAGUAGGUGAGAUUGUCCUGAUUUGGAGGCCACCCAACAACCCGAGUUCCGAGAAGGUUGGUGCCCAUGAGACUGCAAACGACCUGAAAAUCGAGGUGCGGUGGUUUUACCGAUCCGCCGAACUUCCUGGUGGAACGAGAAAUCAACUAGGAUAUUCUGAUAUAGAAUGCGAAGAGAUUGUGGAGACCGAUCACUGCGACUCCACAAUAAAUGCUUCUUCCGUCCUAUCACCUGUUGUUCUUCAUUCGAAGUCAUCUCCGGUUUCACAGCCACGAUUUCUUCAUGGAGUUCCUGUAUUGGAGUUUUUUUGUCGACGAUUUUGGUCUAUUCAUCGACGAGGCCUAGUUCCAAGCGGUGGAUCAGCUGCCAGACUGCUGCGGUCAAGGAGACAUUCUUCCUUUUUUAGUAGCAACCAAUUACUCAAAAUUGCAUUUGAAAAAAUUCAAAGCAAAAGCGAGCAUCAUAUUUAUGCGCCUAUAUGUUCAUUGCGAGAGUGUUCAGUGUGGAAAGCUGCAUUUUUUAGAGUCAUCAACAAGCUUUCUCUAACAGAUGCUUCAAAAGAAGCCAGUCAAGAUUCGCUGGCACUUGUUGGCCGCGAAAAAGAAAAAGAGCAAAUAACCUCGUUCCUAGAGGCUGCGAUAGCAGGAAAGGGAGAGAAUACCAAACCGUCGAUUUUCAUUGCAGGUUCCCCUGGUGUCGGCAAAACAGCCUGUGUACGCGCCAUGGUAUCGAGUCUGCAAGUGCGGGCCAGCAAAGGCCUGCUUCCAGUUUUUCAUUUUGUCGCUCUGAAUGGGAUGGAGUUGAGGCAUCCUUUGGAAGCCUACGUAAAACUCUGGGAAGAGCUGAGUGGUUGUAAGGCUAAGUGCUCUGCUGAAACAGCAGCUUCGAGGCUGGAAGCAUAUUUCACUAGCAACGAACAUGGUUGCCAAAACUCCGAGGAAGACAACCAGGUCGUUGUGCUACUGCUUGAUGAGAUUGAUUACCUGGUGACCAAGAAGCAAACUGUCCUCUACAAUUUCUUCGACUGGCCAUUAAGGGCUUUGGAAUCCAGAUCCGCGAGGCGGCUCAUCGUUCUUGGUGUUUCCAAUACAUUAAACCUCCCAGAGCGUCUCCAUCCUCGUGUACAGUCACGUAUCGGUUCAAGACGCUGCUACUUCAAGUCAUACGAUGAUAAAGAAACCGUUGCAAUAUUGAAAGCAAAGGUGAAGCAAGCUUCUCCAACUUACGCAGUCUUUGAGGAAGACGCCAUUGUCUUUGCUGCUAAGAAAACAGCUGCGCUCUCCGGCGACAUUCGAAAAGCAUUCCACAUAUGCCGUGCUGCCGCCGAGACAAUUUUGCGCGAUUCUGAAAACGACGAUAAUACAGUAGUUGCUCCUAUCGUCCGGAUCAAGGAUGUUGUGAAAGUCAGUCGAGAGUCUUUCAAUUCGACCCAGUCAAAGGCUAUCUCUCAUUGUAGCUCUCUUGAGGUUCUUUUCCUUGUCACCGUUGCGUCUUUGUACAAGACAACUGGAAGAGAACAUGGAGGCUUUGAUAUAGAGGAGAUCUUGACAAAAAUGGAAGGCAUUUCCAACUCUAUGGGAAAAGUUGAGUAUUUGCCUGCACCUUCGCUAUUCGAGACCUUAAAAAUCUCUCAGCGUUUGGCCGAGGGUUACCUGAUCUCCGUACAAGCACCUCGCCUCUCAAGUGUGAGUUACCGUGCGUCGGUGGCAGGGAGCGGAGGUACUUGGCCGCUGGUGUCGGGACUGUUGGACGAUGUGGCAAUUAUGCUUGCUUUGAAAGGGAGCGAACACCAGGAGCUGACUCACAAAUACCUGGCUAUUAAUAGCUUUGUUGGCAGGCAAAUAGGUCUCGCUCCGGCACAACAAAGGAACAGGAGAUUGGCAUGAUUGUUUGGUUGUCCGACGAACUAUGAAUGAACAUAGUGAACCCAUGCCACGUCCUUGUAAUUCAAGUACAACUUGAAUGUGACUGUGAGCAAUUUUUUUCUGCAGCUUUGAAGCGUCAAGAGUCCGCAAUGUACAAUUGUCCCUAAAAGAAUCAUUCAACGCUUC